AAACCCCCCGCCCAGUUUCAUCAUUCCAUAACCAAUACCUCUUCACUAUUCGAUUCCAGUGUAUCUUCCAAAGCCAUUUCUUCAACCACCGUUACCCUCAUCGCCACCAAGAGCUGCUGCCUUCUUUGCUUCGAAGUCAUUUCCUUCCUCACCGCAGAUCACAAUGGCCGCUUCUGCUGUGAUGCAAUCCAUUCCCUCAAGCACGGCUAGUCGAGGUGUUUAUAGGACAACGACUAAUCGCCUACUCCCGGCGGCGGUUCGACUGUGCUCCCGGAAUACGGGCGCCUUUCGAGUGCGAUGCACCGGGGAGGAGGAUCAGAGAGAGCAAGCGAUUCCAUCAUCGAUCCCACCGUCACCUCCCAAACUAGAGCCAGCUCCCUCGUCAACGUCUAAGGUGACGAGUACGAAAUUCACAGACAUUUUGGCGUUCAGCGGGCCAGGACCAGAGAGGAUCAACGGGCGGCUAGCGAUGAUCGGGUUCGUGGCUGCGCUAGCAGUUGAAGUAUCGAAAGGGCAGGACGUGUUCGAGCAAAUAGCGAACGGAGGGAUUCCAUGGUUUGUGGGAACGAGUGUGGUUCUGACAUUGGCAUCGUUGAUUCCAUUGUUUAAAGGAGUGAGCGCUGAGUCGAACUCGAAGGGGAUAAUGAGUUCUAACGCCGAGCUGUGGAAUGGGAGGUUCGCAAUGUUGGGCCUUGUUGCUUUGGCCUUCACCGAGUAUGUUAAAGGUGGAAGCCUGGUGUAAGUUGUGCACAUUUUAUGCAAUGUCUAAUAUGAUUUUGUAUUAAAUGAAAUUUUAGGAAUGUAAAGGAAAGGUGCUAUUAAAGUGUAGUAUUUAAGUACCUUAAUCAUGUGCCAAUAGUGUUCCUUUAUGUUUAUUUUUUUCACUAUUCAGUCAUAUAAUUGAGUUUCCAUCCAUUUGUUAA